AUGGCGGCAACGGGGUUGGUUGCAGCUGUGGAUGCUCGAGUAGUCACCCCAUACGAUCCCCAACUCGCCAGCAGUCUCGCCAAAAGCAUCAUCGCACGCGCCUUACCAGCCAACGCACCUAAUGGCUACGUACCGCAGGUCAACGACUGUCCUUCGAACAAGCCGACGGUGAGGAGUGCCAAUGGACUAUCAACAGAGGAGACAUCAUGGCUACCGAAACGGAGGAAUGCGACACUCGACCCGAUGAAGGAUUUACUGAGUCGCAUGAACAUUACUGGUCUGGACACGACGGCGUACAUCAACAGUCAUAGCAAUAAUGCGAGUGCCCUGCCGAAUAUUGGUAUCGCGGCUUCGGGUGGUGGAUACCGGGCGAUGUUGAAUGGUGCUGGUGUUUUAGAGGCAUUCGACAGCCGGACGAGCAAUGCGACGAGUGCUGGCCAAUUAGGAGGUUUGCUGCAGUCUGCCACCUAUAUUUCCGGACUAUCUGGCGGCAGCUGGCUGGUGGGAUCUCUAUACACAAACAACUUCACCUCAAUCGAUCAGAUCCUCGCCACCAACACGCCAGCUUCUGACUCAGGCUCGUUGUGGCAACUCGGCAACUCCAUCUUCGAGGGUCCAGCGACUGGCGGCGUCCAGCUACUCGAUAGUAUAGGCUAUUAUUCCGAGCUACAGAACGCCGUAAGCAACAAAGCCGACGCCAACUUCGACACAACCAUCACCGACUACUGGGGACGUGCACUCUCCUACCAGCUCGUCAACGCCACCGAUGGCGGACCAGCCUUCACCUGGUCCUCUCUCGCCAACCAGGACUGGUUCACAAGCGGCACCGCACCAUUCCCCAUCAUCGUCGCGGACGGCAGGAAACCCGGCGAAACCCUCGUAUCAACCAACACCACCAUCUUCGACUUCAACCCCUUCGAAUUCGGCUCCUGGGAUCCCACCGUCUACGGCUUCAUCCCGAUGCAAUACGUCGGCACCAACUUCACCGCCGGCUCCCCCACAACCGCCCAAUGCGUCACGGGCUUCGACAACGUCGGCUUCGUCAUGGGCACCUCCAGCACCCUCUUCAACGCCGGCCUGACAACAAUCAACGGCACCAACACGACCGGCCUCUUCAACACCGCCCUGCAAGACGGCAUCGAAGCCGUGCUCGGCCGCAUCGGCAAAGCCGACGACGAUAUAGCAGAUUACCCCAACCCCUUCUACGGCUGGCACAACGCCACGAACCCUUACGCCGUGUCCGAACAACUCACCUUGGUAGACGGCGGCGAGGACAACCAGAAUAUCCCCCUGCACCCCUUAAUCCAACCCUACCGCCACCUCGACGUCAUCUUCGCCAUCGAUUCCAGCGCCGACACCAAUACCACCUACCCGGGCCCGACCUCCGCGACCGGCUGGCCGGAUGGCGCUUCCUUGGUGGCAACCUACCAACGCAGUCUCAACGCCACCCUGGAAAACGGGACCUCCUUCCCCUCGAUCCCGGGCAUCGACACCUUCAUGAACCGCGGCCUGAACAACCGCCCCACCUUCUUCGGCUGCGACGCUGCCAAUCAAACGGGUCCGAGUCCCAUCAUCGUCUACCUCCCCAACGCCCCUUACGUCUACAACUCCAACGUCUCGACCUUCGACCUGCAAUUCAACGACACGGAACGCAACGCCAUCGUACUCAACGGCUACAACGGCGCAACGCAGGGGAAUGGGACGUUGGAUAGUCAGUGGGGGGCUUGUGUGGGUUGUGCGAUUUUGUCGAGGAGUUUGGAGAGGACGGGGACCCCGGUGCCGGAGGUGUGUAAUUUUUGUUUUCAGAAGUAUUGUUGGGAUGGCGUGGUUAAUGCUACGGCGCCCGGGCCGUACGUGCCCAAGAUGAAAUUGACGGAGGUCAAGGUUUCGUCGAGCGGGGCCGGAAGAGUUGGAGUUUCGGGUGUGGCGGCUUUGGCCGGGGUGGUGGUUGGGUGGACGCUGUUGUAG